AUGGCGACCGCCGGCUCGGUUCGGUCCGGAGGACACGUGUUGUUGUACAGGUACUCAAUCCAUGUUGUUCUCACGAGUCGGAGGUUUUCCGAGAACUGUGUUCGAGGCUGGUUCCGUUCUGCACGCUCUUCGGUGCAAAACGUGGGCGCCAGGGAAGAUGCCCACUCCAACCUGCUGUCCAAGCAGGAGACCAGUAACCUGUACAAAAUCCAAUUUCACAACGUGAAACCAGAGUGCCUGGAAGCUUAUAACAAUCUGGAGGCAGAGGUGCAAAAAAGGCUCCAUCGGGAUGAGGAUUAUCCGUGUGAGGUCGUAGGAAGCUGGAACACCUGGUAUGGAGAGCAGGACCAAGCAGUGCACCUGUGGCGCUACAGUGGGGGCUACCCCGCCCUGACCGAAUGCCUCAACAAGCUCAACGUGAACAAGGAAUAUUUGGAAUUCCGCAGAGAGAGAGCAAAAAUGCUGAUUUCCAGGCGGAAUCAGCUCCUGUUGGAGUUCAGUUUCUGGAAUGAACCUCUUCCCCGACCAGGACCAAACAUCUAUGAAAUGAGGAGCUACUCCCUCAAGCCGGGGACCAUGAUCGAAUGGGGCAACCACUGGGCAAGGGCCAUCAAAUACCGUCAGGAGAACAACGAGGCUGUGGGUGGCUUCUUCUCGCAGAUCGGCGACUUGUACGUCGUCCAUCACUUAUGGGCAUAUGAAAGUCUUCAGUCUCGAGAUGAAACCAGGAAGUCUGCGUGGCGCAAGGAGGGAUGGGAUGCCAACGUGUACUACACGGUGCCUCUCAUCAGGAGCAUGGAGUCCAGGAUAAUGAUUUCCACCUCCAGUUCUCCGUUACAGUGAGGACACCAAAAGGCAGAGCACCCGAAAACAAAACCAGCAGCAAACAACAACACUGUUUCCACACUGUUGGGCCACACAGCAUUAGGUACACUUCUGCCAUCUGACAUCCAAUACCAGAUGUACAGAUACAGUCUCAGUUUUAUAUGUGAUAUAUUUGUUUCAAACCAUGCUUUUAUGUAGCUAUAAAGUAGUGUUCACCCCGCUGUACCAAAAAUCCUCGAGUAAUUGACGCCCACCCACAAGAUGGUGACAAAGCACUACUUUUAUGGUAGCCAACGCUAUGGGAUGUCGAAAUGAAGAGAGAGAGGAGAGGAUCUCUUCAGUGUAACAUAGGUCUGUUGCACCAAGAUGCCACAAUAUGGCGCCAAAGCCAUACUUUUAUAUUAGAUAGGGCUUUGGUCUAAGCAGAAAAACGAGCAAAUUAAAAAUUGGCAAAAUCACAAUUAACAAAUUGCAAAUAUGCAGGGCGACACUGUCACCAAAAUAUUAGAAACCACUCCAUGCAGUUCUACAUGCUACAAUCACAACAACCCCCCCAAAAAACGUGGUUAAAUAUAGACCGCUCAGUCUUUUUUGGGCUAUCAUUAGUUUUUGUAUUGGACCUCAUUGUAUUAUGCAGGUGUACCUAAUAAAGUGACCAGCAAGUGUAUCGACACAGAAGUCAGGCACGCUCCUGUUUUAAGAAGCCUGAUGUUCAAAUGAGUGCCUUUCAGGGAACAUGUGCACAUUAUUAUUGUGAUUGAGUGAACCUAAUGUAGAAUCUGAUGUGAUCCUUUGUGAUUUUGUUUGUUUUAAAUCAGGAAUUAUGGUCUGUCAGUUUGUUUUUCAUAAUAAAUUUCACU